AUGUCUACAAUAAAUUACUACAAAAUUGAAACAGAUAAUACUAUUUCUUGUGUUCAAGAAAAAUGUUCUUACAAAUUUAGAAGCCCUAAAAACAAACAAAAAAGUAUAGUUCAACACUAUUAUACAUCACAUAAAAAUCUUUAUAGUGAAAUUAAAAAAAUUAUUAAACCUUAUUCUAAAACACUUGAAGAAAUUUUUUUACAAUCUCAACAAGAUAUUUCUCAACAACAAACUAUUCAACAAAAUGAAGAAGAUCAGAUUUAUGCUCGUGGUGGAGAAUAUAGAAAAAAAAUAGAAAGAAAUAUAAAAGAUAGUUUUUGUAUUCAAUAUUUAGUUGAUGGAAAUUAUUAUAACUUUAAAUUUUUUAAAGUAACUAAUGGUUUUGAAAUGAGAUUAUUUUUAUCUAUAGGUGUAUUAAAAAUUAUUGAUAAUCUUUUAGAUGAUUUUUCUUUUCUUUUCAUUAGUUUUCAUAAUUCUAAAGUAUAUGAAAUUGUCGAUGAUGAAUAUUUAUUUUUAAAUCCUGAUGUUAAAAUUGCAAAAAUUUAUUACAAAAAAGAUUUAGUUUUUGAAACAAAUAAUUUUGCUGCUUUAUUUGAUUAA